AUGCCCAACGCCUCUAAAUCCAACAAGCCCGCGGCGGGUAAGACGACCCGCAGCGCCAUCGCCGACGUCGUGGCGCGCGAGUACACGAUCCACAUGCACAAGCGAGUACACGGCGUGGCGUUCAAGAAGAGGGCGCCGAGAGCUAUCAAGGAGAUUCGGGAUUUUGCCCAGAAGGCUAUGGGCACCAAGGAUGUGCGCCUCGAUCCGCAGCUCAACAAGAAGGUCUGGGAGUCCGGCGUCAAGGGCGUGCCGUACAGGCUGCGCGUGCGCAUCUCGCGGAAGCGUAACGACGAGGAGGGUGCCAAGGAGAAGCUGUACAGCUACGUGCAGGCGGUCAACGUGAAGAACCCGAAGGGGCUGCAGACGGCUGUUGUUGAGGAUGCGUAG